AUGUCGCCUCCAUCCGAGACAAAUGACAGUCCCCGUGAAUACAUCAGCAUCAGUGACUCUGAUAGCUUGGAUGUCGCAGUCAGUGAAGGUAUAAAGUCUCUAGCCCCUCCAUCUAACGCUGGAUAUUUACAAAUCUUCUCUCCUUCAGACGACGGCACUAUGCACCGCCAUCCACCUAGCACAAUUGGACCAGAUGAUCUUAAGAGCUUGAUUGAAGAGCUCGUGACGCCGUUCCGGGCGAAAUCAACAGCGACGCACGCUUUGGGUCCCCUUCCUGCUGCUACUGAUGCUGCACUGACCCAACAGCCGGCGCCAGGAGUUGCCGAUGCGGAUAACGCGCCUGUUAUUGAUGCAGAGGUGACAACUGUCACGGCAGCAUGUUUGCCAGAUUUGGCCAUGUCUACGCCGCUGUCGAUGAUGGUGUAUCCAAGUGUCGAGGCCCCAGACGCGAACACAGUUGAUACCAGUGCCAUCAACGCGUCGUCUGCCGAUUCUCAGGCUGUUGGCCGGAGCACUGGCACGCUUGAUGGCGUGGUUUCCGUUCCGUCAACUGGCAAGUCUCCUGUCUUGCCUGUCACCCUUCCUGCAGUUCCAUGCUCCUUGGAUACGCCAUCAUCAAUGCUACCUUCGGCAGUUACCAAUCAGUGUCACAAACCCACGUUUGGGCAGCCUUCUGCCCUAUGUGGCUCCAUGGCUUCACCAUCGCACUCGGAUGGCACAUUCCCUGCGUUGUUCGGACAAGGAAAUGCAGCUUCAGGUAUUACCGGUGUUUCUAGAUUCUCUUGCCCACCGGCCCCUUGGGGUUAUGGGCUAAGUUUCCUUAACCAAACAGUGAAUUCUCCUCCUACACCAAGCCUGCUAGUCUCUAAUAACCAAGGAAUGGCCCCCUCCUUUGCAAGUUCUACGUCUUUCCAAACAGAAAGAACCAGGCAUAUGCUUUCCAAUGCACCAGGGACAACUGUUCUCAGCCAGACCUCUAUGCCAGCAGGCCGUGCGGCUAUUACACCUAGAGAACUUGGCCCAACGAAGGUUCUAGGUGAUGUCAACACUGCCAAGUUGGAAGAUAAGGACGCAAUGUUCUAUUUUGGUGUCAUUUGUAUUCAGGAACAUCUAACCCCAUCCUUUGAGUUCCUGCAAUAUUUUGACAGUAAAUGGGUGGUUAGACUCAGAUUUGGAGACCAUGAGGUCUCUAAGUUGCAAAUUUACUCAACUAAGGCUGCCGCCACGGCAGAUGCGUGUCGUGAUGGCUUGGCAAUCUUGAAGGCUUUUAUGCCACUCUGGGUGGUUCCUGAAAGUCCUGAGCUUGGUGUUUCGCCUAACCGACUCCGCUGGAAUUCAUUGUUGGCAUGUAAGUUGUAG